AUGUUUUGGUGCUUUUUCUUCUUGUGCGUAAUGUUUGCGUCGUCGCGGGCUGACGCGCAGCUCUCCGGCCGGUUUGUGGUCGGAUGUCCCGCUGUCUGCGACAAAUCCAUGUGCCCCCGGGUACCGGCGGACUGCGCGGCGGGACAAACCCUCGACGCCUGCCACUGCUGCCAGGUGUGCGCGUCCAGCGAGGGGGAGGCCUGCGGCGGGAACGGGAAGCUGGGCGACCCGGUGUGCGGAGAGGGGCUGGAGUGCUCGGUGUCCGGCGGGGUGGCGCACUCUGUCACGGUGAGGAGGAGAGGCAAGAGCGGGAUCUGCGUGUGCAAGUCCGCCGAGCCGGUGUGCGGGAGCGACGGGGUCUCCUACCGGAGCCUCUGCGAGCUGAAGAGGGUCAGCCGGCGCGCGCAGAAGCUGCAGCAACCACCUGUCCUGUUCAUCCAGAGGGGAGCCUGCGGGAAAGCUCAGGACAAUCCAGACAGUCCAAGGCACAAAUACAACUUCAUCGCUGACGUGGUGGAGAAAAUCGCUCCGUCUGUGGUUCACAUUGAACUUUUCCGCAAGAUGACUUACUCCAAGCGUGAGGUGGCUGUGGCCAGUGGUUCUGGUUUUGUUGUGUCUGAGGAUGGCCAGAUUGUGACCAAUGCCCACGUUGUGGCGAAUAAACACAGGGUGAAAGUGGAGCUGAAGAGCGGCGCCUCCUACGAUGCCAAAAUCAAAGACGUGGAUGAAAAAUCGGACAUCGCUCUCAUCAAGAUUGAUGCACCGGAAUCUCUUCAAGCAACAGACUGA